GCUUUUAUCUGACACAAGAAAGACAGCUUCGAAUUAAUUGGACAGGAUUUGACACAGAAUCGGACAUAUUCGAUUUUGAACUAGGAUUGAGCAGUACGAGUUCGCCACUUGCCCCUGAUGUAAUGCCUUUUAUAUCAACAAACAAAAGACCAGCAUGGAACGUUUACCACCCUCCACUAUCUGAAGGCCAGCUUAUAUACGUCAUCAUUAAGGCAACAAAUAGGGCAAAAAUGACAACUCUAAAGGAAUAUGGACCUUUGAUCAUAGAUGUUACUGGGCCUAAAUUCGAGAGUGAAAUACAUGUGUACGAAGAACAUGACUAUUUGAGAGUGAAUUGGGAUUCAUCUAAAGUCUAUGAUGCGGAAGAUGCAGAGAAAUUGCAGUAUUUGUUCGCAGUUGGGAAAGACCGUUUCAAAAGAGAUUUACUUCCAUUUUCUCCAAUUAUGUCUGGGGGUUCCUGCAAUGUGUCUCACUAUAACUGUACAGCAGUUCCUCUCAGUCUGCUGAAUAUUCACCCUGUCCGUCCCCAGUCACUAGUUAUUACUAUCAAAAUAAAAAAUGCAGCUGGAAUCUCAACAAUCGCUUCUUCUGAGCCAUACGUUCAUUACACCACUUUGCCGUAUGUCGGGAUUGUGAAGGAUAUUCUACCACAGACUGAGGUUAAAAAUGAGAUUGAACUUGAUUAUGACAUAGAUUAUCAACUGACAUCUACUUCCAUUCGAGGAAGAUGGACUGGAUUCGAACAUCCACAUCUCAAUGUGUCUUAUAAGAUGGGGAUAGGGUCGCUAAAAGGACAUGAUAAUGUCAUGCCAUUUGUAGAUGUAUAUGACACCCAUUAUGAAGCAAAACAACUGAGUUUAGAAACGUAUACGAAAUAUUAUAUCACAGUGAUUGCCCAGUCUUCAACCGGCUCUGUAAAUUCAUCCUCAGAUGGUGUGACAGUUGUAGCGUCUAACAGAACUAUAGCUAUUGACAUCAAAGAUGGACUAGGGUGUUAUGGCAUGAGCGACUCUAGUCAGCAUAAGUUCCCAUGCCGAGAUAACAUAAUGUUCCAAGCUAGUCGAACAGAUCUAUCUGCUCAUUGGAAGAUACCAGAGACACAUAAGGCGUACAUAAGUCAUGGAUCUUACAGAAUUGAGCGAUACAAUGAAGAUACAAAUGUGUGGAUACCUGAUUCCCCGUACAAAGACAUAAAACCCAUUUAUGACAAUAUCACUUUGACCAACUUAGAGUUGACAUCUGGAUCAACAUGCAGGAUCAGUGUUAAAUGUUGUACUCCGGCAUCAUGUUUUCUUCCACGCUUCACUGAUGGUGUUACAAUACAUGAUGAACCACCAAUAGUUGGUACAAUGAAUAUCACAAGCGAUGAAGACAGGGGAAACGUUACAAUUGUAUUUGAUGAAUUUGAUUCCAAUUUGUCAAAACGUCAUUCCAUGAUGGACUUUUACAAAUGGACAUUUUCGUUGGAUAAAUCUGCAUAUGGUAUUGCUAGGCCAUGGGAAAAAGUACAGGCCCAUCCAAUAAAUGGUCAAAUUGCAUUUACUUUAGGGAAUGUUCUUCCAAGUGCGAACGAAACAACUAAAUGUUGGUUGAUCUGCGUUCGUGGGUGGACUUUGGCAGGUUUAUCAUCAACGAAAUGCAAAUCAGUUGUAACUUGUGGAAACAGCAAUACUAAUAGAAUACAUGGUAGGGUUGUGUUUGAUGUGCAAGGACCUAUCACAUGGAUUAAAAAUCAACGUCUGGAACAUGAUGACGUUGACUAUACAUCUAGCAGAGACACAAUAUCGGCGGUUUGGCCAUCAUUACGCCAUGGGAAAUACAGCUGGGUAGUUGUACAACCAACAACUGGAACAUUGGAAGGAUUAAUCAUUCCGACACAAUUGUGUGAAACUCAUGAUGCUAUAGCUUGUGGUGAGACCUCAGACGAGUAUGUUAAUGCAAAAAACCUGACACUUGUUCAUGGGAAGACCUAUUUUGUUUGUAUAUUUGCAAAUGAGACAGUUCUAAAUCAUGAACGAUUUGAAGAGUAUCAUCCCAAGAUAUCAGCUUGUAGUGAUGGUGUAAAAACAGACUGGACUCCUCCUGAUACUGGGAGUGUUUAUAUACAUACCUCGAAACGACCACUUGAUAAUCAGGGAUACCAGGCAUCAACAAGCCAAAUAUCUGUCUUCUGGACACCAUUCUCGGAUACAGAUGAUGUAGCAUCGUCAUCCAAUGAUCACCAUCAAGGCAUCAACUACUACCAGUUUGCAGUUGGUGGACACGCUUAUGGCGUUGAUGUGGUCGAGUUUACUACUGUUGGAAUUGCAAAUCGUCAUCUUAUCACGGGUCUAAAUCUCACAAACGGCCAUGAGUAUUUUGUAACAAUAAAAGCUACAAACUACGUCGGUCUGUCAAGCAGUGUUUGCAGCUCCCCAGUCAUAGUAGAUGCAACUUCACCCAGAUUGACACAGAAAGCCCACGUACGACUCAGAAAUCCUGUUGGACCAUUGAAAAGAGGGAUCCUUGCAGAUUGGGAUGGGGUAUUUGAAGACAAAGAAAGUGGAAUCCUUCAUUACACUUGGUCUAUUGGAUCAGAACCUGGCUUUACCGAUGUCAGCGGUCCACAUCAAACAAAGUAUACCUCAACUUCAUCUGGAACAUCGCAUCAGAAUCUGGAACUUUUGGAUGGACAUGUCUACUUCGUCACAGUCAAAGCAUGCAACAAAGUUGGUUUGCAUACAACUACGAGCUCACACGCCUUCUCAGUAGAUGCGUCACCUCCAAAUGCUGGCCACAUAUAUGAUGGUACGGCUCAGGAGACGGAUAACUACCACAGAGAUGUUGACUAUCAGACCAAUGCAACCAUACUGUGCUCACACUGGAAAGGUUUUUCAGAUCCACAUACUGAACUUAUCGAACAUCUUUGGAAAGCAGGAAGCUGCCCCACUUGCGAUGAUAUUGUUCCAGAACAUUCGGUUGGCCUUAAAGGAGAAGAAUGUAUGAAUUCUUUGAAGCUUUCACAAGGAAAAAAAUAUUUUUCGACCAUUACUGUAUGCAACCAGGCUGGUUUGUGCGUAGCACAGUCAACAGAUGGUGUAACGAUAGAUAGCUCUCCUCCCAUCGCUGGUGUUGUUGAGGACGGUACAAUGUCGGAAGAUAUCGAAUAUCAGGCAUCAAGAGAUGUUCUGUCUGCCCAUUGGGUUGGAUUCCACGAUGCCCAUAGUGGACUGUCUAGAUAUGAAAUGCGUGUUGGAACACAAGAAGGAACAUAUGAUAUCAUUCCUCCAACACCAAUACAUCUAACUGAGUCUACAUUCAGACCUCUAAGUACACCUUUGCCUGUGGAUAGAAAGAUUUAUGUAACAAUACGGGCAUACAACUUUGCAGGUCUUUAUGCAGAGGCAUCUAGUAAUGGAUUCACGGUUGAUACAACACCACCGACUGUUGUUGAACCUGCAACCGUAGACUUGGCCCAUGGCUCAAUACAAGAAAACAUGCAGGUUUGGAGGAGUUCGCUGGCUAUCAAGUGGAAAUUUGAAGACAAUAUAUCCGGAAUUGAACGUCAAUAUGUUGGCGUAUAUGCACACAUGGAUGGAGAUCUUGGAGUUCCAACAGUUGAGGUGGGAACUCGUGUUCACUACACGUUCAGCAACCUGACGCUAAGAGAUGGAACGGAAUAUUACAUCUCAGUUGUAGCUUGCAACAAAGCACAGUUAUGCUCCAAUACUACUUCAAAUCCAUUGUUGGUUGAUUCAUCCAGACCAAGCGUCGGAACCUUUGCUAGCUGGACAAACCAUGCUGCAGAGGUUGGCAGAUACAAAGAUGGAUUCAUGACUUGGAAUGGAGCUGAUAUUUCGCUACAUUGGCUUGGGUUUGAAGACCAUCACUCUGGAAUAUCACAUUACUUAGUAACAGCUGGAGAGACGUUUGCAGGGCAUGAGUAUACACCGGAUGGUCCCAUCGUAGUGACUCACAAUACAUCUGGUCAUAAACACAAGGAAGGUGUGAUUCAAACUGCACAUAUCACCCUAAGCCAAACGCUGGUUGAAACUAGCAAGAUCUUUGUCAAAAUAUGGGCGGUUAAUAGGGUUGGGCUUCCAAGUUUACUGGCUCAUAACUCAUUUGAUGUUAUUCAAAACUCACCGGGUAGGGGAGUGUUGGUAUUGACUCGCCGUUGCAAUACACAUAGUUGUGAAGGACAUUGUAUAUGUGCUCCUCAGAAUCAACGGUGUGAUCUCAAUAUCAACAAGACAUGCAAAGAAGCAAAACAAGGUGAUAACUACGUGAUAGUGGUGAAUGAUACACAGGCUAUUGGAAACUUUGAGAAGUCAGACCAUAUACUUGAAGACAUCGACUUUACACAUUCAGAUUGUUUCUUGGCAGCAGGAUGGACAAUAUCUGAAAGGAAUGGGAAAAUGCCAAUUCGAUAUGAAUACACAGCAGGGUUAGAUAAAGGUGACUUUGGAAGUGGUUUAGUUGAUGUAGCUCAUGACCGGAUUUGGUUUGAGGCUGGAUUUUAUAACCAUGCAGUUAUUACUCCGACUUUUAAGAGACUGUACCAAGGACAGAAAUACAUAUUCUAUGUAAGAGCAUGGUAUGAUGAUGUCACAUUCACAGUUUUCCAAUCUGAUGGCAUAACAAUUGACAUUACACCACCUAUGGUGUCACGUAUAAGACACGUAGAGGAAAGUGAUGAUGUUGUGGUUAAAUUUGACAAAGACUUCACUGGAAGUGUUGAUAAACUCAGUGUUCGUUGGCCAGGUGUAUUUUCUGACGAGGAAUCUGGAAUAUCUCAUUAUCUGCUAGGAAUAGGAACUGCAUUACAAGUUGACGAUGCCUAUACGUUUACGAGGCAGACUAAAACAAGUGUACGCUUAACUGGGUUGGCUCUGACACCAGGUCAGAAGUACUACACAACAAUAAUUGCAGUGUCAAACACAGGAUUAGAGUCGUCAAAGACUUCAGAUGGAUUCACAGUUGAUAUAGAACCACCAAUCCCUGGAAUAGUUUUGGAUGGUAGAUUUCUACAUGAUGUUGACUACACCAAUGAGACGAUGGUUGUUCACGCUCAAUGGCAUGGUUUCUAUGACCGUCACAGUGGAAUAGACUACUACAGAUGUGGAGUAGGAAGUAAAUCGGAUGAUCAAGCAUGUGACGUAAUUCCAUUCCAUAAUGUAGGAUUACAGACAACUUUAACGAUGACAACCAACACCCCAUUGCAACCCGGUAAAUACUACACAAAGGUACAGGCAUUUGAUGCAGGAGGGCAUCGUUCCGUACUCGUAUCGUCUGAUGGAGUAACCGUUGACAUAUCUCCUCCAGACAUAAUGCAUGCGACAACUUCAAACUCUAAUCUGCUCCAAAACCCAUCAUUCGAACAAGAUGAGUCAACGUUUGACAUCAAUGAGCAUCCCCUUUGGUUCAACUCAACCAACACACCACCCCAUCACUGGGCGACAACUCCGGGUACAAAGGUUGUUAUAGUCAACAGUAAAGACGGUGAAGCCAGCGAUGGCAACCAAGCCUGCCUUUUCUUGGGUGGUAUUCACCAAAGUAUAGCAACUGAUAUAGGAAGUGUGUAUGCAGUACAAUUCACUGUUAGCCACCCUCCCAAUCCCCCUGUAGAACAUAUGCUUCAAACUGGUAAAGUGGUAAUACCUGGCACAGUGGAAACAUUUCAUAUCUACCCACGCCAUGAAAUAACAAGGAAUUACAAUGGCCACUCAAAUAUGGUAUCGAAAACAUUGUCCCACAUAGCUUGGCAUAAACAUCUAUACACAUUUGUUGCAACGAACACAACGUCGACAUUGGGUCUUGAAACAGUUGAGAGAAAUGCUGGUCUUUUGGUAGAUGCCGUCAAAAUAGAACAUUUGAGUCACAUUUCGACGAAUGGAGGUAUAGAAAUUACGUAUCAGCAAGCUGGGGAGUGGUCCUCAAUACAUGCACAUUGGCAGGUAUUAGAUUAUGAAAGUCAUAUAGAUGAUGUCUCAUGGGCAAUAGGCUUGGUAAAAGGUGGAACCCAGCUUCAAUCAUUCAUCAGCGUUGGACGUAAACCCUAUGGAAUCAACACGAACCUUCGUCUAGUUGACGGCAUGACAGUUCACGUGACACUUCUGGUGCGCAACAAUGCAGGCUUGAUAAGUGUCAUAUAUGCUGAUCCGAUUUUGAUUGACCACACACCUCCUGUCAUCAAACAUGUAUGGCACAACCAGGAUAGAGAUAUUGCAUAUCAGAUUGGACAGGACUUGACUGCCAAGUGGAAAGUCGAAGAUAAUGAAACACCAGUUAGCCAUUGUAACGUCGCAUUUGGUCACAUGCUUGGUUCAAACGAUUUCCUUGAUUUCACAAAUGUUGCAUUCACUGGAAAUCCAAUGGUAUUUACUUCUACCAAGCACCCGUUCAUCGCACACGGUACUACGAUUUAUGCAACCGUGCGUUGUUUCAACACACGUGGUCUAUGGGACCAGCUUUCGUCAACUGGAGUUACAUUGAUACCAAAUCCCCCUGAUGUAACAGAUGCACUGAUACAAACGUUGCCAAACAAACUGUCGCAUUAUCAGUGUGAAGACGGAAUACAGAAUGAUAUAGAUUCUCUUCGCUUGAAAUGGGAUGGAUUCCGAAAGCCAAACAAUUAUAUCCAUCACUAUUUGUUACAUGUUGGACCAGCUAAUGGCAAUGGUAUGGAUUCGACAUAUGAUCUUGGAGAGGGUGGACGACAGCAAGUCACUGUAAGACCAAUGAACUUCAAACAAAAUCAACAAUAUAAGGCGACGAUUCAAGCAGUAGAUAUGGUUGGGAGUGUCAGUGAUGAUGUCCACGUAUUUCGAACAACAGAAACAUUGCCACCUAACAUAACAGACGUCCGUAUGACUCAUGCCUGGUUAGAACAAACUACAGUGCGGUUGUCAUGGGAAGGUGUAUUUACAUCUGACAGCGACCUCUAUUAUGAACUUACCAUUGGUACAAACCCGGGCGGAAGUGACAUCAUGAAGUGGGUUGAAACUAAGCAGACAUCUUUUACACUGUACGCUGUGGAUAACUCGCUAAGUCAUCAUUUAACCGUGACUGCAAUCAAUGCAGCAGGGUUGUAUACGUCAAAGAUUCUAUCAUUUAGCUAUGACAAUUCAAGUCCAUAAAGUAAUUAAUGCUGUUCAAGUGUGGGAUGAUAACGUUUGCUAUGUGUUCAAAACAUUAAGACAAGCCUUCCCACACAAAAGUUUUACUUGGAUCGAGAGCCAUUGAAGGCAUUUAAAAUCCACAUCUACACAUUCAGCCAAAUUCCUCCAAAUAAGGCGUAUUAUAUCAAGAAAGCUACCAUAUAAAUUUAAAUAUGAUUGUGUAUGUAGAUAAAAUAAUGUAGCUACCAUAUAAAUCUAGAUAUAAUUGUGUAUGUAGAUGAAAUAAUCUAGAAUAUAACCAUUAAUAAAAAUAUAUAUGAACAUAUUCUAAUGAGAACAUUAAAUGUGAAAAUCACCAUAAACAGUGGCUUGAGGAAAAAAUUUAAAUAUAUAUAUUUUGUCUUUUUUAAAUGUAAAAUAAGUUUAUACUAUUUUAUAUCACGUUGCUAAGAUGUGAAAUUAUAGCGUCACCUUAUAAGAAAGAACAACAUGUAACAAUGCGGUUGGUGGCUCAAUUUGCUUGUAUUAAUUUUUCACAAAUCAUAAAUAACAUUGUAUACUAUAAUUUUACGACAUAAAUGCAUAUAGCCAAAUACAAAUUGUACCAUUGAUUUGUAAUUGUAUUGCAUGUAUUCGCUACUUCUUCUAUUGAAAUAAAAAUUGUUCCUAAAAUCAGUAAA